CUUAAAAUACUCCAUAUUUUGUGACUUUUCCCCCGGAGAUAUCCCCAAACUUUUUGCGUUUAUGUUCAGGGGCCAUAUUUUAGCUGAGGCAUGGUACUUACAGUGCUCUUCUUAUCAGGGUCCGACGGUAAACCUUCUACUGAGUUUUCUCUAUUUAUGUUUCAUGUUUUUGUUGUCCCGCUCUAGAUACAGUACUACUGUUGGACAAUGCUGAUGACAUCCUUGAUCCGUCAUCAUAAAAAUCCCCUUGUAAUACCGACCUCUUAUCGAUAUCCCACCAGUGUGUGAAAUUCCAUGGAGGUCAAACUCGAGCCUCUGCAGGUCCACGAAUCUUUGGAGCUUCUUAAGAAGAUGUUUAGUCAUGCUAAGGGGCUUUCUGGGACGGUCUCGGUCGGGGGAGAGGCGUUACAGGACGAAGAAUCUCUGGUUGAAAUCGCCAAGCUGUGUGGCAAUAACCCCCAAGUCCUGCGUGCCGUGGCGAGCCGCCUGAGCUGCGGUUUCAGCCCCAGAAGUCAAGUUGAGUUCUUGAAGGGUCCAGGAGCUCAAUGGGUGUUGGAUCCCGGCUCCAUGGGAGCUAGUCAAGCCGUACAAGACGAGAGGGAGGAUUUCGAAGAUCAAACAGUGGUGCUUAACUCGCUAGGCGCCAUGUACGAGCAGCUCCCUCUACCUCUGAAGGAAUCUUUGCUGAAACUGUCAGUCUUCCCAAGUUCCUUCAGUCUGAGUCAAGGGGCUAAGAUCUUAGGAAAGGAACAACCAGACGCAGCUAAGUUCGACUUGGAAGACUUGAAAAGAUGGAGUCUCCUAGACCGGGAUGAUUACCCCAUCCUAGACACUGGACUAAGCGAUAACGAACCUUACUACUUCAUGCACCCGCUGGUGCGGUCAGUUUGCCUUAGCAAAAAAGGAUCCAGUGAGAUAUACAAGGCAGCAUAUGAAGACGCGCUCCGUAGAUUCUCAGCCUACAUAGUAGACCUUCUUAAAGAUCUGACACAGUUGGGCCACACGGAUUUUGCCAGCGCACUGGCCAGAUUUGAAUCCGACAAGACCAAUAUCUUGCACUAUUUGGAGCUCGGGAUGGGUAACAAGUUUGGUUGUCAGGUUAUUACCGAACAGAAGAACACUGCCUCUGCCGUCCCACUCCAGAAGACGGAGGAGGGAUUGUUCAGCAUUUUUGGGGCUUUUCUUGAUCCCUCCCAGAGGUUAGAAUAUUACAAAAAUAUGAGUAUGCUGAGCAGCAGGGAACAAGAAGCCUGGGCUUACUUGCGAGGAUGGAUGGCCGACGAGCUCCACAUGAGAGCAGAAUAUGAAGAAGCCUGGAAGACGGUCGAAGAACCGCUUCAACUGUUGAAAGCCAGAGCCAGCGAUCCCGCCAUCGGCCGAACACAUGACCUGGAGAGAGCUGAAGCUCAGCUGCUAUACGUGAAGGGCCGCAUCCUGGUGGCUCGGCGCAAGUACAAAGACGGUAUUGCUGUCCUUGAGCAAGCCUUGAAAAUUCAAGAGCGUCUCCUUGGGAAUCACUCGCUCACGGCUCGCUGCCUGAACGUGCUGGGUCAUGCUUACUUCAACGAGGCAGAAGAUGACCGCCUCUGUAGCGGCGUGACAGAAGCCCACGAGUACCAUCUGAAAGCCUGGGAGAUGCUAGUUAAAAUCACCAACGGCAAACCAGAGAGGCACUUCGAUGCACCCAUGUACUUGCUUAACAUCGGCACCACUUUUCAUCAGAUGGGAAAGAGAUUCAAAAGUAGUAACAAGAAGAAGGCUCACGAGUACUUUAACCUUGCCAUCAAGAACUACCGGAAGGCAUUCGAUCUGGAGAGAGCCUUGAAAUUGUCCCACUCUCCCAACACUCCGUUCGUCCUCAAGAACAUGGCCAUGAGCUACUGUGAAAUGGAGGAAUACGAAAAAGCUCUAGCGUUGGCAACAGAUGCCGUUACGAUCAGAGAGGAGACCAUAGGCGUGCAUCCUACCACGGCUCGCAACCUUGUCUUCAUUGGAUCCUUGUACGACAGUUUAGGGGACGAAUACAAGAAAUCAAAGAAACCUGAAGACAAACCCAAAUCUCAGGAGAACUACAAACUAGCCCUGGAAUACUACAACAGGGCCUUCCGGAUGGAGGUCAAACUCGGGCCGUCGAACCACAGCAUCGAGUACGACGACCUGAAGAAAGAUCUGCAGGACGUACUGGGGAAACUGCACAUGAACAAAGAGUUGGAUAAGUACCGGAGGAUGUUCAAGGCGGCGGACAAGGGAACUCCAGACUUAGGAGAUUUGAGCAUGGACUUGAGGUCCGUAUCGGGACAGGCCUCUCCGUCAAGAAAACGGUCUCCAGACAGAAUGGACGCAGAGGACGGGCACACGGGGACCAGCGAUGAUGACGAGAUGGCGGGACCAAGCAGACAACGGGCACCAGGUCCCGUGUUCCCUGACGAAAAUCGUAGAAAGCGCUCCAAGUGUAGCAUAUCAUAAAGACGGAAUCAAGACAAGGUCUGCAGCUAUUAAACGGGAUUUCAUAAUAUACAGUUUCUCUCAGUGUGUCACAAUGUGUGUGUCACCCUCAGUGGAGU